UUUGCGUAACACGGUCACACUACUCAAAAAAAGCGGGAGUUCUUUUAAAAAAUUUGUUUACGUUAUUUUCAACAAAUUCUCAAAAUUGGAAAAUGCCACGACACAGUAACGCCAAGCGCGGCCCCAAAUCGACGGUGAACAACUCAAAGCCGCCAUCCGACGACGACACAGCCUUCCGGUCGCCGGAGCCAGAAGACGGCACCGACUAUGGCCUGGAGUUCACCACCAGCCAACUGACGCUACGGGAGAACAGUCGUCGUUGCUCGACGAUGCGCAAGGACGCCGGACGGAGGCAUCCGGCGGCGAAUAGGACGUCCACCAGCGACGAGGAGGAGGAUGAGGAUCUGGAAAAUCGCCAUCCGGCAGCCAGAUCACCGCAGACGCGUCGGAUGACCGCGCACCAAGAAACCAGCACGCGGGCGCCGAGACCAGUUGCUGCACAGAACCAGAACCAAAACAGGCGGCGCAAAAUGCCCAAUCCCAUAAGCAGAACGAAAAGGAUGGAUCGCGAGAUACGGCGACUGCAGAACCAUCCCGGCACACUAAUACCCAAGCUGCCGUUCUCGCGUCUGGUGCGCGAGUUCAUCGUGAAGUACAGCGAUGGAGAACCGCUGAGGGUCACCGAGGGCGCCUUUAUGGCCAUGCAGGAGUCCUGCGAGAUGUACUUGACGCAGCGGCUCGCAGACUCCUACAUGCUAACCAAGCAUCGCAAUCGCGUCACACUGGAGGUGCGCGACAUGGCCCUGAUGGCCUACAUCUGCGACCGGGGUCGGCUGGCAUAGCAAAACACUAGUUUAGGUUAGUUAUUUGUAAAAGUGUAGCCCCUUUAAUUUGUAUAGUUAAGUCCUUUUAAGUGUUUACGUAAACGAAAAGUUCAAAGUUUGUUAAUCCCUUAUUUUUGUCCCGCUAGAAUUUGCUUUAAAUAAACGUGUUAGCUUA